ACAUGAAUGUGUGAUGGAAGGCGAUGAGUCCAAGGCGAAGAAGAGGGUCCUACCGCAGUGGAUGACGGAAGAUAAAGCAGAUGCAAAGAAACCAUUUAUGAGAGAGGUGAAGAGAAAGAAGGGCGGAUCACCCAGGAAGUGUACGGUUUACUGUAUGAAUGAAAAAGAACUGGUUGACUGCGCACUUGAGAUCUUAAGCAAGAGUAUAAAGGAGCAGGACCACGAGGUGGAAUCUGAAGCUGCUGUAGAAGACUAUAGGGGAGAAUCCUGCAAAGACAGAGACGAGGAGCCUCAAACUGCUCCAGAGGCAUCCCGCAGCCCAAAACGGACAUCAUCACCUCCUAAAGACUUAGCAAGCAAUACUGCCGGGGCUGAGAGUCUGUCUGACGAAGAGGAUGACCCCUUAAAAUAUGUCAGAGAGAUCUUUUUCAGCUGAGUAGCAUUGUACAUGUGGCUGACCUUCUAAUCCAGGUUGUUACC